AUGCUCACAAUCGACGAGCUGGUCAAAGAGCAAAAUGAUGCAGAGGAAAGGAUCUUUGAGUACUCGCUCACCCUGUUGAAGCCCAUAUACGAAAAGAGACGCGUGCUGGUUAGCACAAUUCCAAGUUUCUGGACGGCAGUGCUCGAGGCCAGUGAGUUACUGGCGGAAUACAUCACAUACGAGGACACAGAGGCGAUAGACUCGUUGCGGGAAGUCCAUAUUGACUGGGACACGGACAAUGUCAAGAACUUCACGAUCAGCCUUGGCUUUGACGAGAACCCCUACUUUGAGUCUACGGUCCUGAAAAAGAGUUUUGAGUAUAAUUCCGAAUUCCAAAGACACACCUCGCAAAAAGUCGACAUCCUGUGGAAACAGGGCAAAGAUCUCACCAAGCCUAGACCGGGGAGAGACACCAGUUUCUUCAACUGGUUUGCAUAUGAGGGCAAAGAGGAGGGCGACGACGACGGCGCAGAAAUUGCCCAAAUCAUCCGCGACGACCUGUACCCGCAUGCAUUAGAGCUAUACCGCAAUGCCCAGCAAGAUGCCAUUGAACCUGAAUAUGACAUCAGUGAAAGCGGUGACGAGAAAUAA